AUGAGUCAUUUCACGGACGUCCUCAUCCCUGUAAAAAAACCAUCAGAGGGUGCUUUCAGAGAAGAUUUAAAGCCAAACAUGACUAGGUCAUGUCAGAUUCUGCAGAGCUACAAUGCUCCAAUUGGACUAGAUGUUUUCCCACUCCUGAGUGUUAAUGAUCUGUUCAACGGUGACACCGAAUUUACAUUUUUUGAGCACAAAUCCACCUCAGUUUUCAAAGACAGGGACAAGACCUACUCCAAUGGUUUUGAGGUUAUGUAUGAUAUGUUCGAUGUUGCAUUAGAGAAAGUGGGGUGUCCAAACAUGACAAUCAUUAUAGAUGCAAUUGGAUGGCCAACAGAUGGAAUAAAAGAUGGGAACAUCCCAAAUGCACAGAGAUUCCAUCAGGGCUUAGCUAAAUUUGUAGCAAGUAAGAAAGGAACUCCUCGACGUCCUGGUCCAGUUGAUGUUUACAUCCGUAAUUUGUCUGAUGAAAAUAAGAUAAACAAGAGUACCGGAUCCUUCAGGCGACACUGGGGCAUCUACAAAUUUGAUAGACAGCCUAAGUUUAACUUUGAUCUACAGGGGCUUGGGCAUGAUGUGAAGUUAGUACCAGCUGUAGGCAUUACACAUAUGCCUAAAAGAUGGUGCAUUGUCAACGGUGAUGUUGCAAAUGAUAUUAAUAAUACAACAAGAGAAAAUUUUUUGGAUACAUGUGACAGUAUUGUAGAUUGCACAGCAAUGGAAGCUGGAGCGUCAUGCAGCAAUCUGACAAAAACACAGUAG